UUCUUUUUAGAAGCCCUUUACUGCAGUUAAAGAGCGGUCGUGUUAAUAUCCGUCAUCUCUGGAAGAAUAUCAAGUCAUCAUGAGGACCUUCCACAUCCUUCUGCUCUGCAUGCUGGGAGCUACACUUGUCUCCCUGGUGGCCUGCAACGCUGCCAUCGGUCCUGACAACUGCUGCUUCACUUUCUACCAAGACGCAGUGAAGAGGAAGCCUCAUCAGUCAUAUGACGUGACUGAUUUCCGUUGCCCGAAGACUGGAGUCAUUUUUGUGACACAAAAGUCUCGUCGCAUCUGCGUGGAUCCAAGUCUCUCCUGGGUUCAGGGCAUCAUGAAAACUGUGGAUGAAAACUCCUUUUAAACCGACCUGCCAGUCUGGAGAACGUUACUGCUGUGUUUGUUGUUUUAUCAAGUCAAAUAUUGUGAAAGGUUUGACAUGUUUGCUACAAUAUAGGAAUGAUUUUAGUGUUCAUGUGCAAGUAGUAAUCAAAGAUUUUGCUUUCAAAUGGAAUCAGUUUGAGCCUGAACUGGUGCAACAGAUCCUUUGUGUGUUCUGCCUUUUGGAUGCUUUGUAUUAUCUACAAUAUCAUACAGAAUAAACAUCAUACAGAUACA